UGACAUCACUCGGAAAAGCAUGUCAAGUAUCGAGUGGCUAGGGUUUGGGUAACACACAGAGGAAACUGCACCCUGACUGAUAAGCAGGCAAGAAAACGACGCAUGGUGUUUCUGAAGGACUUUCCUGAUUUCUGGAAAUGACUAGUCUUUUUGGAUUAAAGCUCCUGGCACUAUGUGCCGGGCUGCUGGGCUCCAGUAUCCUAUGCUCUGGUAACAACAAUGAGAAAUCCACACUUCCACUCACUGUAAAACCCACUCUGACUACACUCACCCCUGCUAAAGCAGGUACUAAAUAUUCUGAACCAGCCCUUAGCCCCACUCUUGCACUCACCACUGCAACUCCGUCUUCCGACUCCAAUGCUGUUCCUGCCUCGCCAGGUCAAGGUCUUUCAGCCCAAGAGCCAUCAACCUCUAUCACCACUCAUGCACCCACCACCCUUGCAACUCAUGCAAACACCAACCAUACUGGAUCACAAGGAGAAAAUUAUACUGGUACAUCUCUACCCACCAACAAUACCAAACCCACAGGCACCUCCUCUGAGAGUUCUAAUCUUACAAGCACUGAAGACAACACAAACAAAACAACAACUCCUGCACUCACUGUCACCACGAUAGCUUCAUCAGCCUUUAAAACCAGGAAGGCUUCAGAGUGCAUUGAUCGUGAAUACAACAUUUCAGAAGCUGUAUAUAAAAUUAACAUCAGUUUUAGUACAACAGGAAAUGUUACUGUGAAUUAUUCAGAAUUGGGAUCGGAUUACAUCAGGACCGAACAAUUUGAUCUUAAACCCAACCAAAUAGUUAAGAUUGCAAACCUGACACCGUGUACUAAUUAUACAAUCAAUGUCACUCAAGGAAACUGCCAACUGAAAGGAAAAAAACAUUUUAAAACAGCAACAAUGGACCCCAAGAUUGAAUUUAAGAUUGGAAAGUACAUUAACGACUCAGCUCUAGAGCUAGAGGUUAAUAUCCCAAGUAAGGCAAAAGAAUACACAAACCUUACAGUAAGUUGUGAUAAUUGCAAAGAUAACACAGAAAGGCCAAUAAAAAAGACAGUUAUCUUUGCGGAUCUUGAAUUGUGUACCAACUACAUGUUUUAUUUAAGAGGAAACACUACGUGUAACACCUCCAUCAAUGAAGAAAUUCAAACAUCAGUUCCACCAGGUCCACUGGAUCUCAGUGUCACUGCAAAAAACACAUCUGUGACCCUUAAAUGGAAAAGAUCUAAGGGUCUGGAAUAUAGAUUUGGUUGUAAAAACACAGAUUCCACUACCGAAAAUGUUCUUGAACAGACUAUCAAAGAUGAAGAGACUGUUGAGAAUCUGAAGGAAUUUACAGAAUACUCGUGCUAUGUUACAUCCUACUGCAACAAUGUAUCGAUUAACACAAGCACACAAAAAGUGACAACUUGUGGAAAUCCUGGACCACCAACCAAUGUUGAAGAACAUAUUGGAAUAAGAUUUAUUAAAAUUAAAUGGUCUUCACCUAUAGAAAAAAAUGGAAAUUUCUCAUUUAAAAUCCAGUGCCCUAACAAAGGCAAAGAAUCUACACAGUCAAACAGUGAACAUUUAUGUAAUAAUCUUAAUCACAAGGAUAGAUAUGACAUAGAGCUUUUUGCAAACAAUAACUGUGGAAAUAUCAUAUAUGAAGGAACACAUAAGAAAAUAACAGUAAACGCUCCCAAAAAACCGACGGUUGAAUCCCGUUUUCCAGAGAACAAUAUAAUAAAAAUAACUUGUGAAACACAAGGAAGUGAUGCAUACUAUACGUCAAGGAUAAUCGAACCAGUUGAAACAGCCGUGGAGAAAAAAAGAAAAUGUGAAUUCACUUAUCCUGAUCUUCACUAUCUAACACUGUAUACAUUUGAGGUACAAGUACAUAAUGAUCUUACCUCAAGUGUUCCUACAAUAUAUACGACAAGCACCAAAUAUAACGACAAAGCUUUGAUUGGGUUCCUGGCAUUCCUCAUUGUUCUGACCUCUUUAGCCCUUGCCUUUGUUCUAUACAAAAUCUAUUUGCUGCAGAAGAAAAAUUCGGACUCUUCUGAUGAAUCUGUAGAGCUCAUUGGACGUGAUGAAGAAAAGCAGCUUCUCAAUGUGGACCCCAUCACCGCAGAUAUGUUGCUGGACACUUACAAAAGGAAGAUGGCUGAUGAGGGGAGACUCUUCCUUAGUGAAUUUCAAAGCAUCCCAAGAGUUUUCAGCAAAUGUGCAAUAAAAGAGGCCCGCAAGAAUUGUAACCUGAACAAGAACCGCUACGUUGAUAUACUACCUUAUGAUUAUAAUCGAGUCAUUCUUGCCCCAAUUGAUGGAGAAGCUGGGUCAGAGUAUAUCAAUGCAAGCUUCAUAGAUGGCUACAAAGAACCAAGAAAAUACAUUGCUGCCCAAGGUCCCAAGGAUGAGACAAUGAAUGAUUUCUGGAGAAUGAUUUGGGAGCAGCAAUCAUCCAUUAUCGUUAUGGUGACCCGUUGUGAGGAAGGAAACAGGAAUAAAUGUGCUCAAUACUGGCCAGCUAUGGAGAGAGAAGCCGAGAUCUUUGGGGAGUUUGCUGUGAAGUUAAAUGAGGAAAACAAAUGCCCUGACUACAUCAUUCGAAAGCUCACCAUCACAAAUAAGAACAUGAACAACUCAGAGCGAGUUGUGACUCACAUCCAGUUUACCAGCUGGCCUGACCAUGGAGUCCCUGACGAUCCUCAGCUGCUUCUGAAGUUACGCCGAAGAGUGAACUCCUUCAACAAUGUCUUCAGUGGCCCAAUUGUCAUUCACUGCAGUGCUGGAGUAGGUCGUACUGGUACCUAUAUUGGCAUAGAUGCCAUGAUAGAAGGGUUGGAGGCAGAGGGGCGUGUCGAUGUUUACGGCUAUGUGGUAAGACUCCGUCGCCAGCGCUGCCUCAUGGUGCAGGUAGAGGCCCAGUACAUAUUGAUCCACCAGGCUCUGCUUGAACACAAUCAGUUUGGUGAAACUGAGCUUGCCCUCUCUGAACUACAUUCCUCUCUGAACACUUUAAAGGAACGUGACUCUCCAACAGAGCCAUCCCUUCUAGAGGCAGAAUUCCAGAGACUUCCCACUUACAGAAACUGGAGGUUACAAACUGUAGGAAAACAUGAAGAUAAUGCCAACAAAAAUCGCUAUUCCACUGUUGUUCCAUAUGAUUAUAACAGAGUGCCUAUUAAGCUGGAAGAUGAGAUGAGCCAAGACAGCGAUCAUGAAGAAGACACUGAGGAGUCCUCUGACGAAGAAAGCGAUUGCGAAGACUCGACCAAAUACAUCAAUGCAUCUUACAUAAAUGGCUACUGGAGCAAAAGAUCUCUGAUUGCUACUCAGGGACCACUUCCAAAUACCAUUGCAGACUUCUGGCACAUGAUCUUCCAGAAGAAAGUAAAAGUCAUUGCUAUGCUAACAGACUGCAAAGAAGGAGACAAGGAUUAUUGUGCUUCAUACUGGGAAGAUGAGAAGAAGUUAUAUGGUGAGAUCGAAGUUCAGGUUACUGACUGCAACAAAGCUUCCGGCUACACAAUCCGUGCUAUUGAAAUAAGGCACACAAAGAGGAAAGAAACACGAAAAGUCUACCAAUAUUAUUAUCACAUGUGGAGUGGGUUGGACCUUCCAAAAAGCUCACAGGAGCUGGUUGCUGUGAUAAAAAGCAUACAACAGAAGAUUCCACCAAAAUCUGGCCAUGAUAAAUCCAAGCAGGAUAAGAAUGUGCCAUUGGUUGUUCACUGCAACGAUGGCUCAACAAGAACUGGGAUAUUCUGUGCUCUCUGGAAUCUCAUGGACAGUGCAGAAACUGAAGGGGUGGUAGAUGUGUUCCAGACUGUAAAAGCUCUGCGUAAAGAAAGGCCAGGAACACUGACAUCCUUUGAACAUUACAAGUUCUUGUAUGAUGUGAUGGCAAACACCUUUCCUGCCCAGAACGGGAAGGUGAAGUCAAGCUCUGGCCAGGUAGAGGACACUGUUGAGGUUGUCAAUGAACAGAAAGCAGGAGUGAAGGAGCAGUCUGAAGGCAGAGAAGACGGAGAAGCAGACGACAAAAAGGAAUCUGCACAGUCAAAAGAACCCACCAGUAAUGCUGGGAAAGCAGUAGAAAGCUCUGCCAAUGGCCCAACUCUCAGUUAGAUAGCCAGUUAAAAAACAAAACACAGGUGUGUUAAAUUUUAAAUGUUUAUAGCUUUUGUUUUUGCAGACCAUGAGGGCAAGGACAAGAUUUUGAACCUGAACAGAUGAAUGUAUAUUAUUAUCUUGCAUGCACAUGCUGAAAUCAGGUUAUCAAAGGGGUAUGUGCAUACGGAAAGGUAAAACACUGAAAUGUGUACCAUAGAUCAGUUGAAGGGGAAAUCAUUUGCUAAACUGUACAUCAAACCAGUUACUCUUUUUCACAUUUCCUUUUAAUGUGUCACUUGCAAGCAUAAGAUGUAGAUGAUAAAUUGCAAAAAUCAGAAAUUUUAAAACAAAGUUUACCACAGUAUCACAACAAAUGACAUUUAUUCCAGUUCCCUAAACACUUGAGAGUGCUUUGAUGGUAAACUUCUCUUUCCAACCUUCCUGAUCAGUGAGAUCGCUCCUGUCCUUUAGUUCACAAGCCACAUAUAUUUAAGGGAAAUGUCCCAGCAAUGAGCUACUGGUACUGAUCAUCAGCGUUUGAAAUUAGAAGGGACAAUGAUUUAACCCAUUGUUUGCACUACUCCUCUAUACCUUACCAAACUAUAACUGUGCUUUGUUAAAAUGCUUUUGCACAUUUGUUUUAGUUGUCCAUACUGAUUUAUAGUAUAUAUUACAGAGUGAACGCAUAUGAUUUCAUUAAGCUUAUGAACAUUUUCUCUUGAUUGUUUUGAAUGAUUUUUCAUUUUCUAUCCUAAAAUCAUACUUUUAUGUUGUUCUGUAUAUGUACAGGAACCAUUUAUAUUUGUAUUGUAAUGUUAUGGGGAGUGGAGUCAAUUGAUGUACAAAUAUGAUAGACAGGCAGAAAAAACACAUAUGAAUCCCUGGUGGACAUUCUAUACGACAUACAGUAACACUCCGUGUUCUAUAUGUCAUUGUCAGUUGGAAAUCUGUCAACAUAAUUACAUUUUAUAUUACAUAAACAGUUAAACAAAUUACCAUGGUCAAAACAACCCAAUAAAAUCUAGCUUUAUUUUUAUUUUUUCUACUUAUUUUGUUAUUCAGAUUCUGGGUUAGAAUUGUUAUGAAAAUAUAACAAAAUUUAAGGCAUAAAGUGUAUCCUCUACAUGAAUUUGUUAGUCUCUGGUUUUAAUAAAUUUUCUUUACAAUAGAAA